CUAUCGCUCUAUGAAAUGAAGCCUAGGCUGGUGCAGGUAGCUAGAGAAGUAGGCCCACAUUUAAAGGCAAGCGGGGAUAGGGCUAGGCGUGAGGCUAACCUAAUCAGUCUAGCCCCAUGUGAUGCUCAACCUAUCAAAAUAGCUAGGCCAGGUCGUUCGCUUGGUUUCGUCACGGCACUGACUGGGUUUUCAAAUGAAUUCACUUGUUUUUUCAACAUUAAGUUUUCCGUUAUGGCAUCAGAAAGAGCAACAUCACCUACACCGUCUUUAGAAGAUUAUCGACAUGGUUACAGUGAUGUCAAUUUUGAUCCGCUUCCAGAUAGAAAAUAUCUUUGUCCAGUGUGUCUGUCAGUUAUGAAGGAUCCAGUUCAAACAAAGUGCGGGCACAGAUUUUGCCGAGCUUGCAUUCUUCGAAUAAGUGGACCACGUCAAUAUGCAAAGUGUCCUGUGGAUAAUACUUGGUUUUAUAUAAAUGGCGAUAUGUUCGAUGAUGUAGCUGUCAGUAGAGAAAUAUUAGUUUUAAGUUGUAUGUGUGAUAAUGAAAAAAAUGGUUGUCAUUGGAAAGGAGAGUUAUUUUAUCUUCAGGAGCAUCUGGACUUCUGUGAUUUCUGUCAAGUCACCUGUCCUAAUGGGUGUGAACAGCAAUACCUACGACAGCAGAAUUCAAGCCAUCUACAAGACUGCCCUCUACGGAUGGUUGAAUGUUCUCAGUGCUGUGAAAACGUCACUGCAAAAGAUUUAACAAGACAUCAACUUUUGCUGUGCCCUAAGCUGCCAGUAUCAUGUGUUCUGUGUGGAAGAAAUGGCAUCCUUAGAGAAGAAAUACCAAAGCAUGUUAGUGAGGAAGGUAACUGUCCAAAUACUCCAAUUCCAUGUCAGUUUGAAGCACUUGGCUGCACAACAAAGGUUCGUCGGUGUGAUCUUAUACUACACAUUCAAAGCAACACUGUAGAACACUUGGCUUUGAUGGCAAACAAGAUAUUAAUUCAAGAGAAGCUCAUCGAAAAACAAAACACUGAAUUAGAGCAACUGAGGAGGACAACUCAAUCAAGCCAUGCUAGAAUUCUGAUACAGAGAGAGAAAAUAAUGGAUGACAUCAACGAGCGUAUAAGUCAGAUUGAGAUCCAGAAUAGUAACUCAAAAAGGAAAAAUACUGAAGCCACAUAGAAAACAGCAGUUUCAGAUGACAACAAAUACUGUGUAAUUUACCUUUCAAUGCAACAAUAAACUAAGUAUUCUAAAGCUAGGCA